UAAUUCAAUUCAAUAGACACCGAUCUAUAAACAGUACACUAUGGAUUCUGAAGGACUGAAUUUAAGGAAUAUGAAAAAUUCUGCGAAUUCAAAUCAUGGACUUCACGCUGCAUGAAUAUGGCAAAUAAUUCAACUACAGCUUUAGACUCUGAUGGUGCAGUAGCUAUUGUAAAUAACUUAACAUGGGACGAUGCAACGUGGAUAUUAACCAGUUCUUUCAUUAUUUUCACUAUGCAAUCAGGUUUUGGGCUUUUAGAAUCCGGUGCCGUGACCAGGAAAAAUGAGGUAAACAUAAUGAUCAAAAAUGCAGCCGAUGUUAUCUUUGGUGGUAUAAGUUACUGGAUGGUAGGAUUUGGAAUAAGUUUUGGAAAAGACGAAGGAUCAAAUGGAUUUAUUGGAGUAGGGUAUUUUUUCGUUGACUCUAAUGGCCCGGAUAUGGGUCAGUUAUUUGCAACAUUUGUCUUUCAGUUAUCAUUUGCAACCACAGCAACAACUAUAGUGUCCGGUGCAAUGGCUGAACGAACUAAAUUAACAUCCUACAUGGUAUACAGUUUCUUUAACACUUAUGUUUACUGUAUACCAGCGCAUUGGGUGUGGGAUAACAAUGGAUUCUUGAACAAAUUAGGAUGUGUAGAUAUUGCAGGGUCAGGAGUUGUACAUCUAUGUGGAGGAACGGCUGCAUUGGUAGCUACGUACUUGUUAAAACCUCGUACAGGAAGAUACGAGAAUGGAGCACAACGACCUAUAUUAGGAAACCCAGUCAAUACAAUACUUGGAUUAUUUAUGUUAUGGUGGGGAUGGCUAGGGUUUAAUUGUGGAAGUACUUUUGGAAUAUCGGGAGGUAAAUGGAAGCUAGCUGCCAAAUCAGCUGUUAUAACCAUGAAUGGAUCUGUAGGCGCAGGCUUUGCUGGUAUCGUUUUAAGUGUAAUUUUAUACAAGGGUAAAUAUGAUGUGUCAACAAUAGUAAACAGUGUAUUAGGUGGGAUGGUUGGUGUCACAGCAAGUUGUGCAGUUAUACGACCUUGGGAAGCUGUGAUAACGGGUGCUAUUGGUGGUAUUUUAAGUGUAUUUGGAGCAAAACUACUUGAUAAGAUGAAACUUGAUGACCCUGUUGGCGCAAUAUCUGUCCACGGCGUAUGUGGAUUGUGGGGUAUGUUAGCUGUUGGUAUAUUUGCACAGAAGGAUAAAUUUCAGAAUUUGACAAGGGGAAGAAACGGUCUAGUUCACGGUGGAGGAUUCUAUUUAUUAGGUGUACAGGUGUUAACAUGCGUUUCCAUAAUGACAUGGUCGAUAUUUGGAACUUUUCUUAUAUUAUGGUCAUUAAAGAAGACUGUUGGUAUUCGACUGUCUCUAGAGGAAGAAGAAUUAGGUGCAGAUUUCGUGGAACACAAUAUAGACAGCAACAACAGAAAUGAUUCCAACAUCAUAUUUUCAUCCAGACGUACCAGUCGAAUUCCGUCUUCAGUUUCUACAAUAACAAAAGAGACCUCCCAAAUGAUCACAAUUUCCGGAAACAUUCGUAAUGCAACACAUAGAACUGAUGAGAACGAAAAUAAUGCAUUUUAUAGGUUUCUUGAUCAGGUUAUAACAAAACUGAAAAGAAAUCGUGAAAUCGCACCUGCAGACGAUAUAAAUUUGUUGUGAACUUGCACACGACUUACGUUAGCUUACGAUACAAGUAUGCUUUAUAAACAACAAUAUAUGUACUAUAGCAACUAAUAAGUAACUGGUUUUAACUUGCCUCCAAGCAAAGGUCUCUCUCAUUCCGCUUACAGACAAAGUUAUGCUACUAUAUUACAAGAACGGAAACUACAGAAAAACCAACCUGUGUCGAAUAACAAUUCCUAUCAUUUUUGUACCUUGAAUUUUUUUCUUUUAUGAAGUCAUUUGAUUUCAAUGCUGAUUAAAUCUUAAAAAUGAAAAUCUCAAUACAUCAACUACUAUAUUGUUUUUUACGUUUCACACAGUAACACAUUUGUGGAAUUCCUUAAGAAAAAAAUAUU